GGCCUUUAUCCCAAUGCGGAUUACUAUACACGCUAUGGUCAAUUCAGGCACCUUGAUACUCGGCAAUCAAUCUGAUCUUGGGUAGUAUUCCCGUUAUUGUUUGUACACGGCCUUACCAUCUAGGAGAUACUACACAAUUAAGACAUGCAGAUGAACCUAGCGGGACAAGUCGACUGUUCCGUAUUCACGAUGGCGACUCGCUCUAACUAUCGGCCAGGGCCUGCAAGGGUAACUUUCCCGGAUGGUACCGAAACCAACUUACGCGUACUUAUAUAUUACUCUCAUCGUCUCCUUUUCGAUUCACGAUGUGAUCGUACCUCUCGUAGCCUGCUCGUGCUUGAGAUAGGCGUAACUAGACUACUCAGUUCCGGCGCAGAUAUUUCUCCGAGGUAAACCUUCUAGUAUUGUUAAAUCAAAGCAUCAAUUAUGCGACUGCCGUCUUUAAGAUGUCAGUUCCUUGCGGCGGUAAUUGGGUUUUCUCCAUUCGUAGUCGCCCUUGGACAACAACAGAUAAUUAGCUUUACCAAUAGCGAGGGAGCUUUUCAAAUAGCUGGGUCGAUCGCCCAACCGCAGAUCCUCGUCUCAAGUAACGAUUAUUGGGGGGUAAUUCGAGCGGCCGGUGACCUUGCGAAGGACUUUGGCCGAGUGACCGGAACCAACUUCACUCUGAGCAGUGGGAAAGCUGGAGCUCAACCAGCGGUUUACGAAUAUAAACCAAUUAAGCGGAAUUAUACUCAUUACGAGGUUAAUAAUACGCAAAAUUUCUACGGUCCCGCAUAUACUAACCCAUCAGCCGAAAGUACGGUCAUAAUUGCCGGUACCUUAGGACAUUCUAAAGUUAUAGACGACCUGAUUACCGCUGGGAAAUUAGAUGUUUCUGAUAUCGAGGGGAAAUGGGAAUCUUUCACGACCAGAAUUGUUCAGGAGCCGAUAACCGGUUGUUCGAAAGCUGUAAUCAUAGCAGGUAGCGAUCCUCGUGGCACAAUCUUCGGGAUAUAUGAUAUUAGCGAACAAAUCGGCGUUAGUCCGUGGUAUUGGUGGGCGGAUGUUCCGAUCAAGCAAUCCAAAGAAAUCUACGUCUUGCCGGAUAGUAAAGUUCAGGGACCCCCUUCGGUCAAAUACCGCGGCUUUUUCAUAAACGACGAGCAACCUGGGUUAUCGGGAUGGGUUGAGUGGAAUUACCCGGACACCCCUUACGGAGUCGGGUACAACGCCGACUUCUACGCGAACGUGUUUGAGCUUCUACUUCGAUUACGGGCGAAUUAUCUGUGGCCAGCUCUUUGGGCAACUAUGUUCGAGGUUGAUGAUCCGAGAAGCCAACCACUUGCCGACGCAUGGGAGGUUGUUCUUGGAAGUUCACAUACGGAGCCGAUGAUGCGUGCGCAGAACGAGUUCGGGACGUUUUACACUAAUGAAGGUCUCGGGCCUUGGGCUUAUAAUCUGAAUAACAAGACGAUCGACGAGUACUUCGUUUACGGAGCUCAACGCGCGAAGCCCUACGCUCGGAAUAGUUUAUGGACUAUGGGUAUGCGGGGGACUGGGGAUACCGCCAUAGAAGGGUUAGGUGUAGAAUUUAUUGUCAGUAUGCUAGAAACUCUCGUUCAUAACCAACGAGCUAUCAUCGAAGAUGUGCUAGGUGUCAAAAUCGAAGAAGCUCCACAACUGUGGUGUCUCUACAAGGAGGUCAUGUCAUAUAUACAGCAAGGUUUGACAAUCCCGGAAGAUAUCACCCUCUUAUGGGCGGAUGACAAUUGGGGCAAUGUUCGGAGAGUGCCGAUCGGAAAUGAAACGAUACGAUCUGGAGGUGCCGGCAUCUACUACCACUUCGACUACGUUGGCGACACCAGAGACUACAAGUGGAUCAACACGAUACAAUUAGAGAAGACGGCAGAACAGAUGCAGCUUGCAUACGCUCACGGUGCCGAUCGGAUAUGGAUUGUCAACGUCGGUGACCUAAAGCCUCUGGAGAUUCCGCUCACCCACUUCCUCGACAUGGCGUACGACAUCAAUCAAUGGGGAAUAGAUGAUGUGGGUAACUGGACUCUUGCCUGGGCAACUCGCGAAUUCGGCUCGGAAUAUGCCUUGGCUAUACCAGAAAUCCUGACGCGUUUCGGCAUGUUCGCCGCAAGGAGGAAGUUUGAAUUAGUUGAGCCGUAUGUCUAUUCGACUAUCAAUUACAACGAGGGAGAUGCGAUAUUAGGUCAGUGGCAGGGUCUAGCUCAAGAUGCGCAAGCAAUCUACGACCAACUAGACGAAGCUCUCCAGCCAGCGUUCUUUGAGAUGGUUCUUCACCCAAUCCUUGGCGGUCAGAUCAUUCACCAAGUUCAUAUUGGUGCUGAAAGGAACAUGGUUUACGCCAAUCAACACCGGACCGCAGCGAAUGAUAUGAUCUCUAGAGUUCUGGCUAGUUUCGACGCCGAUGCUGAUCUCACGAUUAGAUGGGAUAGUCUACUAGACGGGAAAUGGAAGCACAUGCUAGACCAAACCCACUUCGGUUACGAUGGUUACUGGCAACAGCCAAUGCGAAAUGUUCUUCCAGCCAUGGCCUAUGUCCAGACUGCGAUAUCUUCGAUAGCAGGCAGUGUGGGGAUCGCUGUCGAAGGGUCAAACGCUAGUAUUCCAGGAGACGACAAAUAUCAUGCGAAUUCGGGGAACACGCUCAUGCUCCCGUCGCUGGAUCUUUAUGGCCCGGUUAUACGCUGGUUUGACGUAUUUUCUAGGGGUAAGGCUAAUUGUGACUGGUUGGCAGAAACCGAUUUAUCCUGGGUAAAGCUGUCACAGUACAACGGAACGGUAGGACCUGAUAAUGGUACAGACAGUCGAGUCUUCGUCUCGGUAGACUGGGCAAGCGCACCACAGAUUGUCAACAACACAGUAGCCAAUAUCAACUUUUCAACUAGUUGCGGGCGCGAAGGCUUUUCGAAUUGGUACGGUCAACCGAUCGUACAACUACCCAUCAAUUUACGCACAGUUCCGUCCAACUUCACUGUGGGCUUCGUCGAAUCUGACGGGCACGUUGCAAUAGAAGGGCCGCACUAUCAACGUAUUUACACACCGUCCAACGCACCACCAGCCCCCGAGAUCACAUACAAGACUCUGAAAAAUUACGGACGCACGCUUGGUGGAGUGACCCUCUGGCCGCAAAACACGCCACCUCAGACGCCCGAGACCGCUCCGGCUCUCGAAUACGAUUUGUACCUAUUUACCAACGUAUCUAAGGCCAACGUGACGUUGUACCUUUCGCCGACGCAGAAUUAUCUAUCCGACCAGACGCCGCUGGAAUUCGCGGUGUCUCUAUUUCCUGCGGGUGCGGAGCAGGCCGAACCGCAGGUUGUCCAAUUCGUUGGCGACAGCGUCGGGGCGGACAUGCCACCUGGCUGGGGCCGCGCCGUAGCUGAUGCUAUUUGGGGGCUCGCGCCGGUCCACAAUACGACGACGGCGUGGAGUAUCGCUCAAGAAGGAGCCUAUACUCUUAGGGUCUGGGGACUAGCGCCGAGCGUCAUUGUGCAGAAAAUCAUUGUGGAUUUAGGUGGUGUGAGACCGAGUUAUUUGGGUCCGCCGGAGAACUUUCUUAUGGGGAGAGAUGAGAUUGGUGUAUAUAAGCAGACUAGCUUCGCGGAUGCAUACAGGUAGGGUAAAACCCUAUUGCUAUCCAGCUUGUUCAUUGAACAAAUACAAGUGAUAUCCAUGGAUAGGUACACUACAAUAAUAUAAUGUUUCCUACUAGGUAUUCUCAAGUAGGUCUCGUUGUCAAGACUAAAUCUACUAGGUAUG